AUGCUUCUAACUAGAUAUUUUCAUAGUCUUCUGGAGAGCCUUACUUCUGUCAUCUGGCGAGGCCCCAAUGUGAACUGCACAGACAGUUCGGGUUACACUGCUUUACACCAUGCAGCCUUAAAUGGACAUAAGGACAUAGUUCUCAAACUGCUUCAAUAUGAGGCAUCAACAAAUGUAGCAGACAACAAAGGUUAUUUUCCUAUUCACCUGGCUGCCUGGAAAGGAGAUGUGGAAAUUGUGAAGAUUCUUAUUCAUCAUGGACCAUCACAUUCCAGAGUCAAUGAACAGAACAAUGAAAACGAAACUGCCCUACACUGUGCAGCUCAGUACGGACACUCGGAAGUAGUUGCUGUUCUCCUAGAAGAGCUCACCGAUCCUACCAUUAGGAACAGCAAGCUGGAAACUCCUCUGGAUCUGGCAGCCCUCUAUGGACGGCUGAGAGUGGUCAAAAUGAUCAUCAGUGCACACCCCAACUUAAUGAGCUGCAAUACCCGAAAGCACACCCCGCUGCACCUUGCUGCUCGCAAUGGUCACAAAGCAGUCGUUGAGGUGCUGCUGGAAGCAGGAAUGGAUGUGAGCUGUCAAACAGAAAAAGGGAGUGCACUUCAUGAAGCAGCUUUGUUUGGAAAGGUGGAUGUGGUGAGAGUUCUGUUAGAAACAGGAAUUGAUGCCAACAUAAAAGAUAGCUUAGGUAGAACUGUAUUAGACAUUCUGAAAGAACAUCCAUCUCAGAAAUCUCUCCAGAUUGCAACUCUCUUACAAGAAUAUUUAGAAGGUGUGGGAAGAGCAGCAGUCCUUGAAGAGCACAUACAGGAAGAUACAACCCAAGAAACACACAUUUCAUCUCCCGUUGAAUCUCCUUCCCAAAAGACCAAAAGUGAAACUGUGACUGGAGAAUUAUCAAAACUCUUGGAUGAAAUAAAGCUCUGUCAAGAAAAGGAUUAUUCUUUUGAAGAUUUGUGCCACACGAUAUCAGAUCACUACUUAGAUAAUUUGAGCAAGAUUUCAGAAGAAGAACUUGGGAAAAAUGGAAGCCAGAGUGUAGUAAGUAAGGGGGGAAAGAAGACGAUGCGUCUGUCUUUGCCAGUCCAUUAUGUACCUGACAGGCACGGGAUUUGGGUGUUAUCCUGUUUUCAGAUCCAGCCAGUUUCAAUCAAGCUCCCUGUGGCUCUUUCCCUGAUAUUCAUCAGUGUUUCAUUCUCACUGCAUGUGUAG